GCCACCGCCGCCGACGCGUUCAGUAGCCCUCGUGGAUCCGACCCUGUCCGGUUGCCCGCAACUGUAUCGGUUUCUCACCGCGAUCCCGUAUUUCUUCUGCCCGUCACAUAAUAUUUACAAUACUCACGAGCCACCACGAACUUCAACUUAAGUCGUGCGCGUCUUUGAGACUUCGCUGUAAAACACUCGCUGACGUUAUUUUUUUCAUUUUUUUUCCGUCUUUUUUUCUCGCCGAUUUUUUUUUCCCGCCCGUCGUUGUCGUCGCGCCGUCGUCGCGUACCGACGAAAAUUAUUUCGAAAUUUCCGUUACCGUCGAACGGACACCCCUGUUGUACUAUUAUUACCCUGCGGACUAUAAUAUAAUAUUAAAUAAUAAAACGAAAAAAACAUAAGAGGACGCUCUUGGCCGCCGAUCGAACGAACGGGGUUUUCUCUUUCUCCUCCCCCGUCAUUUCGAACCCCGAACCCCCGAAAAGCUUUCCGAUCUCGAUCGUCGCGAUCACCCGCACCGCACCGCUAUGAACAUGCUGUACCCGAACCUGCUGUUUUGGAUGUACGUGGUGCUGACGCUGGCUGAACCGCCGUACAUCAUUCCGUUCAAAGAAUUGGACAACGCCGAUUUGUAUGUACCAGUUGAUCCAAACAAGAUUCCAAAGUUCUUGAACAAGCCAAGCACAUACCAGGUCGUCACCAAAGAUACAAUUGUUUUACCAUGCGAAGUAUAUAAUCCGGAAAACUUCGUGCUGGCUUGGAAGAAAGGAAUAGCAAUUUUGACCGCCGGUACAACUAAAGUGACACCGGAAGAACGUAUCCGGAUCGUCGAAGGAUACAACUUGGAGAUCCGCAAUGUGCAAAUCAACGACGCUGGCAAUUACAUAUGCCAGAUUGGCACCCUUGAACCAGUAGAAUUAAAACACACGCUGCAAAUACUCAUUCCACCCAGGAUCAUUGGUAUAACAUCAAAUGGAAAAGUGAGCGCUAAAAAAGGAUCAGAUGUGACUCUUCAAUGUAAUUCGACAGGAAACCCACCACCGACAAUCACCUGGUCUCGUAAAAACAAUAUGCUUCCAAAUGGUGAAAAAACAUUUAUUGGAAACUCGUAUACAAUCGACUCUGUCCGAAGACAAGCCGAUGGAGUUUACAUCUGCACCGCAUCAAAUAAUAUCGGAACAACCGUGAACGAAGAAAUCGAUCUAAAUAUACUAUAUCCUCCGGAAGUCAAAGAAGAACAAUCGAUCGUAUUCACUGUGGAAGGACAAGAAACUGAAAUCGUCUGUAUAGUACACGCAGAGCCCAAAGCCGAUGUUUUGUGGUAUAGAGACACGUUACAGUUGGACAUGACCGAAUGGCGGAUUACCGACGUCAGAGGCAACCGAUACACUUUACGCUUGAGAAAAGUGCAAAAGACCGAUUUUGGCAAUUAUUCUUGUGUGGCCGAUAAUGGACUUGGCAAAAGCAAACGAUCCAUCGAAGUGACUGGAAGACCAGACGUCGCGGUCAUCACCAGCUCGAAACAAAGCCGUUCGAAAAAUUCGUACGAAAUGUUAUGGACAGUGAAAAGUUACAGCCCGAUUAUAGAAUACAAAGUGCUAUACCGUCAGGACAAGACAAACAAGAGCAACCAAGAAAUCCAGUAUAAACGUCCCAUGAGAAGAUGGAACGAUGAUUGGACAGAACUGUUGCUUAACCCUGCAUCCACCGACCAAUUGGAAAAGAGCCGGACUGAAACCAUCCGAGACUUGGACCCCGGCACCAAAUACGAGGCAACCGUUCAAUCCAGAAACCGCUAUGGUUGGAGCGAAGUUUCCCAAUCUUUCUUCUUCACCACCAGCACAAAGAACGAAGCACACCCAGGCAAUUCAGUUCUUUCCGACCCAGAAUUGAGAGACAUGAGCAUCACCGCUAUUAACAACAAGGCGGCUCCUAAAACCAUCCAGACACCAUUGCUUUGCAUCAUGGCCAUGGUCACCUACUAUUUUGCUUAAAUUCCAGAAAAGUACCACACGUCCCUACCUACGCCCUCCAUAUGAUUUCACGGAUACCUAAACACCUUCUUCACCGCAACCCAUCAUCGGAACAUGGACCACACCGAAAAUCUUUCUUCACUAUACCAUAUACCGUCCACUUCAAGACACCGCGCACUACAUUAUAAAGACUUCGCGUAGUUAUAGUAAAAAUAUUCGCAACUGUCAUGGUGUAGGUACUACUGGCCGAUUUAUAUUGUUCUCAAUCCGUAUGCACAUAACUUAUAAAAGUUUAAAAUAAUAAUUAUAAUAAUUUUACCGCCACCAUUGUAAUUCACACGUCGCGUCUAUUACACUCCAAUAAUACGACAGAAGUAGUUCCAAGUACCAUUUCAAAUGUUCCCUCUCAGGUAAUACAUUUAUGCUUACCCGCCCAAAAUAACCAAUCAAGUGUUGUUCAUCUACUAUGAGUCGGUACCUAUGCAACUUGACUCUCUACAGAUUGAUUAAUAUCUUGGCAAGGUUCCUGCACCUUCAAAACUUAAUUUAAAUAUAUGAUAGAUUUAUAAACGGAACAAUACUUAUACUUAAAUUUAUCACUUACCAUUACAAAAGCCUUGUAAUUAUCCCCCCCCCCCCCCAGGUCCAUGUACGAUUUUGUUUUUACUUGUCCAUAAAGGUACUAUUUUUUACCUAAAUCACUUUAGUUUCGUCACUAAUGUUUUUCUUUUCAUUAUUUUUAUUCUGACCGUGACCAAAACCCUGAGCCAAUGAAACUCAAAUCACGCUAAAGACUGUCUUCUUUAAAUCCUUCACUCGGUGUUGUCCUAAAAUGUAUCUUUACAAUAACGAUCAAUACAACAAUAUGAUCAUCGUACACAGAUGAACAUCGACACAGUUUUCUACGAACGCACUAUCAUGAGUUUAGUAGAUGUACGAUAAACCACAGAGACCAGCAUAAUACCGGGACGAUAAAAUGUCUAUGAAAAAACAAUUCAAAAUAAAAUAGCGACAUCAUAUACAUUAAUAUUUACAAGGAUCACUAGGCGCCUAUUUAUAAACUGUACAAGAAUCUCGUGUUUCAAAAUGGUUAUUACUACAGCCAUUAAAUAAUGGACAAUUUAAAUUAAUUAUAACAAUACAAUGUAUAUUACACUACGCCAUCAGUGACAUAUAUUAAAUAUGCUUUUGAACGACGUUCCUAAAUAAUUUUGUAUGAGCAUCUAGCUUCAUGAAACAAUAUGUUUUUAAUCGACCAAUGACAAGUAUGAUUCAAAAUGUAUAGACUCACGAAUUAAUUAAAGUUAAAAACCAAUCAUAGUGCAUUAUGCUACAAAUAUAAAUAUUAGAUAGGUAGGUACAUAAACUAAUAAUUUAACGUCUGUCAGAAAAUAACUUGCAAAAUAUUA